AUGCUGCUGCAGCUGCAGCAGCAGCAGCAGCAGCAGCAGCAGCAGCAGCCGGAGCAGGAGCAGCAACAGCAGCAGAAGGAAGGUGAAAGCUGCGUUUUGUUAUGUAUGGAUGCGGCUGCGAUUGCUGCUGCUGCAGCAGCAGCAGCAAAAGGAUCUGCAGCAGCAGCAAAAGCAGCAGCAGCAACAACAGCAGCAGCAACACAGAGCUCACGUGUGCGUAUGUGGCUGCUGCAGCAGCUGCAGCAGCUCGUGUUCAGGUGUAUAGGCACCUUUCCUCACCCUGAUGCCCCACUGCUUGCGUUGGGUUUAGACUCGCUUGCUGUUGCUGCUGUGCAUGCAGCAGCAAAAGAUGAGCUGCUGCUGCCGCUGCAGCUGCAGCACCUGCUGCAGGCAGAAUCUAUCAACGACCUAGCUGACCUGCUGCUGCUGCAGCACGAACACGAAAUUGCUGCUCUUGCUGCUGCUGCUGCUGCUGCUGCUGGCACCAGUUGGCAGCCGACGGGCAGCAGCAGCAGCAGCAGCAGCAGCAGCAGCAACAAAACAUCUGCUGCAGCAGCAAAAGGGUUUACUUUGAGCUCACGCAUGCGGCGUGCGCGGCUAAGAGCAGCAGCACGGUUGCUGCCUUGGGGUUCUCAGCAGCAGCAGCAGCAGCUGCUGCAGCAGCAGCAGCAGCAGCAGCAGCAGCAAACACGCGUAGCUAUCACUGGUGCUGCUUGCCGCCUCCCCGGCUGCUGCAGCAACCUGCAGCAGCUGUGGGGGGCCCUCCUCGCCGGCUGCAGCUUCAUCGACAACUACCCCACCAACAGGUAA